GUAAUAUAUGUACUAUACGUAGGGUAUGUGAGAAACAUUGGUCAAGCCAUUAGUCGCUUAAUAAACGAUCCACAGCACACACGCGUGUUUUAUUACAGUGGCGAACGAGGCUGGUAAAUUAAAGAUGGCCGGUAAAAUUAGUGAAUUCGACAUAAAUAACGGAAACUGGGAGUGUUAUUGUGAAAGGCUGGACAUGUUAUUCCUCGUGAAUGACAUAAAAGAAACAUUCAAAGUGCCUACGUUGAUAUCGUGCGUCGGGGAGGCUACUUAUGAACUCAUGGUGAAUCUUUGCAGUCCGGAUAAGCCUAAAGACAAAACGUAUUCACAGCUGGUCAAACUAGUGGGGGAUCAUUUACAGCCGAAACCGUCAGAGCUAGCAGAAAGAUUUCGGUUUCGCCAGUGUCGGCAGCGGGACGAUCAAACGGUGGCAGUGUUUGUCGCGGAACUUAAAAAAGCGGCGAGAUUUUGCGAGUUCGGUAGCCACCUGGACGAUUGCAUGCGGGAUCAGUUCGUUUGCGGAUUGAGGAGCGACGGUACCCGCCAGAGAUUGUUCGCGGAGACCAAAAUUGAUUUCGCAAAAGCGGUGCAAAUAGCGACAACAAUAGAGGCGGCGGAGCGGGACGCGCACGCGGUCGAGGCGUGCUCGGCCGGGCGCGUGGCAACAGCGGCGGCGGCGGAGGCGCGCGAGGCGCGGAGCCGGGAGCCAGGGGCCAGCUCGCUGCAUCAUGCGCGGGCGGCGGAGUGCAGCGCCUGCGGGGACACGCGACAUCGGUGGGCGGACUGUCGAUAUCGGCUAUUCGAGUGCAGCCGGUGCCGGAAAGUGGGACACUUGCGGCGCAUGUGUCCAGCCACGGAUCAGGCGGGGCAAGCCAACCACAGCAGGGCGGACAUGCCGCUGCAGCAGCAGGCCUGGAGCGGGGGCCCGCGCCGCGGACAGGGCGGCGGCGGGCGGCGCGGCGGCCGCGGCGGAGCCACGUGGCGGCAGCGCGGGGGCCAGCAGGGCGGAGCGCGGGCCACUACCUCCCAUCUGCUACGGGAAGAGGAAGCAGACAUGGGGCCGGGGGAGGACGGUAACAACCAGGAGGAGCCUAUACACCAGAUGUCCUUAAGAGAAUACAGACCGAUAUGGUGAGGUAUGGAACGGCGAGCUGGGGUGCUUCACCGGCGGGCGCGCGCGCCUACACGUGCGCGAGGGCGCCGCGCCGGUGUUCUGCAGGGCGCGGCCGCUGCCCUACGCGCUGCGGGCGCGGGUGGACGCC